AUGCAAAGCGCCCCUCUACCAAUUGCAGCGGUGUUCACCUCCACCGUAGGAGUAAAGCUCAUCCUCACCAUCACAGAAGCAAUUGAAAAGCGAGGCAUUCUACUACAACCAUACCGGGAUGUUCACCCAGAAGCGACAAGUGGAAUAUAUAGCCGAGCAUUCUUCUGGUGGCUGAACACGCUGUUGGCGAUCGGGUUUCGACGCAUCAUUCGUGCCAAUGACAUAUUCCUCAUCGAAGACGAGAUGUGCGCCAAGGUUCUACGCCGUCGAGCUCAAAAUAACUGGGCGAAAGCAAACAAAUCUCGCUCUCAUGCGUUGUUCUGGUCGACGUUGAAUGUAACACGCCGCCAGCUGACUUUGUGCAUUUUCCCUCGUCUUUGCCUCAUUGCCUUUCGAUAUACUCAACCAUUUCUUCUAUCCCGAACGACAAAUUUUGUCAUGUCUCAGACGGACGCGAAAAGUAUCGGGUGGGGGCUAACCGGCGCGUUUGGCAUCGUCUUUAUAGGAACUGCGAUCGCCAAUGGUGUGUAUACCCAUAUGACCUUUCGAUUUACCACUGUUGUGCGUGGCACGUUAGUGAGUAUGAUUUGUGCGAAGACGCUUGAUAUCAGCAUUGUGUCUCUUGGUGACUCGGCCGCUCUCACAUUGAUGUCAAACGAUACUGAAACAAUCUGCUCGGGCUUCCAGAACUUACAUGAGAUUUGGGCAGUUCCACUUGAGUUGGGAAUUGCCAUGUGGUUACUGUAUCGAGAAGUUGGUUUGUCGUUUCUAGCUCCGGCCCUGGUCGCAAUCCUGUCAAUGAUGUCCAUUGUCAAGAUCUCAAGCUACAUUGGCGGUGCACAGAAGCGGUGGAACGAAGGGAUACAGACCCGCGUUGAUGUGACAGCUGCUAUGCUGGGUUCGAUGAAGGCCCUCAAGAUGCUUGGGUUUACCCCUGUUGUCUUCGAGAAGGUUCAAAAUCUUCGAGUCAUAGAAUUGCAAAUGUCCACUUUAUUCAGACGCCUCCUAUCGGCGAGUGUCUUUUUCGCAAACAAUAUGAGAGUCCUAGCACCUUUUGUGACACUCCUAGUAUUUGCAUUUAUUCAGGACUAUGAGGAUCUGAGUUUCACUCCCGCCACUGCUUUCACUGCGCUUUCUCUCAUUGGCAUGUUAUCAAACCCGGUCAACACCAUGCUCCGAACAAUCCCAACACUCCAGGCCGCACUCGCCUGUUUUGACAGAAUUCAGACAUUUGUUGAGUCUCCAUCUCGCAAAUUACUGUUCAGCCCACUGCAAGAACCCCAGCAGAGAGGUGACCAGAGUGUGGGAAGCAGGGCAGAAAACGCCAUGACUACGCCACCUGACUAUGAUAGUCAAGAAAAGUCGGCCAGUGCACAUAUAUUUCCACAGGAGCAGCAAGGCCCUAACUCCACGAUAAUUGAAGCUAGGAAUGCAUCGUUUGCAUGGAGUACAGAUGGCCCCACGAUCAUCAAAGAUGUCACCUUUUCCGUCGCCCGGAAAGACUUUAUUUUCAUCAUUGGACCAGUCGGUUGUGGAAAGAGCACUUUGUUGAAGGGUCUUCUGAGCGAGACACCCAUUUUCCAGGGUACAGUGCAGCGUGACUCAUUGGUCAGCGCUUUUGUGGACCAGGACACAUGGAUUCAAAACAUAACAAUCCGGAAGAACAUUAUAGGGCCUUCGCUGCUGGAUGUUGCACGGUAUGAGGAGGUGGUUUCGGCGUGUGCUCUUGAUCAUGAUAUUGCAUUGAUGCCCGACUCACACGGUAGGGAUACCAUUGUGGGAAGUGGAGGGAUUUCGCUCAGUGGCGGCCAGAAACAGCGGGUGGCUCUGGCUCGGAUGCUGUACGCCAAUACAAAACUGAUGAUCAUCGAUGAUGGGUUCUCAGGAUUAGAUCCCGAGACAGAGGAUAUUGUUUUCACAAAUCUAUUUGGUAAGGCUGGUUUGCUCAGGCAAUUGGAGACGACUGUCCUGCUUGUUACCAAUGCUGUGCAUCGCCUCCCUUUUGCUGAUCACAUCAUCGCCCUGGAUCCCACAGGGCAUAUCACCGAACAAGGUACAUUGGCUCAACUCAGAGCUGCGGGAGGGUAUGUGGAAGGUCUGGAGACGAAGCAUAAAUAUGAGAAGGAUCAUGAUGAAACUGCUGCUACGGAUGAACCGUUACCAGUGGAGCAUUCAGGCAGCGGCGCGGAGCAGAAGAAAAGUGCAGAAGAAGAGGAACUCAAUCGGCCCAUUGGCGAGUGGUCUACAUACAAGUAUUACUUUGCAUCUAUCGGUUGGCCACGGGCCCUUCUUUCACUUUUCUAUGUGUCCUUUUCCGGAGUGGCCGUGAAACUCACUGAGCUAGUUGUUUCUCUUUGGACCAGGGCAAUUGAAGCCGAGGGAGAGGAGGUCAGUUCGCUCUACCUCGGAUUGUAUGGUAUGCUGACAGGUAUUGGGGCUAUCUUCUGGAACAUCUCUGUCUAUCACUUCUUCCUCUAUGUGGUUCCGGCGAGCGCGGAAAAACUGCACGCUGGGCUUCUCACUUCAGUCAUGGAUGCCCCUCUAUCCUUCUUCACAAAUACCGACACUGGAAUCACCACAAACAGGUUUAGCCAAGAUAUGUCGGUGGUUGACAAGGAGCUUCCAUUCGCUUUGAUUGAUUUGGUCGUGUCAGUCGUCCAAGCGCUAAUGGGAGCAGUAUUGAUGUGUUUGGCAACUGGCUAUUUUGCUCCCCCUGCCACCCGUGAUUGCCGUCAUGUGGAAGCGUUCGGGUGGUCGGAAGAGUUUGUGAAUCAAAACCUUCGUGCUCUUGAUGACUCUCAGCGACCUUACUACAUGAUGUUCUGUAUCCAGAGGUGGCUAUCUAUUGUUCUGGAUGUCAUGGUAGCCGUACUUGCAGUUCUGUUGAUGGUACUUAUUGUUGAACUCCGAGAAUCCGUGGGAGCCGAAUAUGCAAGUUUAGCCUUGCUCAACAUCAUGAGUUUCAGCGCUUCCUUGGCUUGGAUUGUUCGACAGUGGACGUCACUGGAAACUUCCAUCGGGGCAGUCUCUCGUGUGAAAUAUUUUACUUCAACUACACCGACAGAGAAUCUGGAGGGUGAGUGUCAGACCGUCCCUGGCAACUGGCCAGAUAAAGGCGGCAUUGUUUUCCAAAAGGGUGUCGGCUUCCUACUCUGCUGGUGGAACUCCUAUUCUUAA